CCUCUCUUUCCAAGUAUGACCGGAAGUCAAAGCUUCUGCUUUAAUCAAAAUAAAAAGGAGGGCCCGGGCGCAGGCGGCAAGGCCGGGAGCAGGGCCCGGGCGCGGGCGGCAAGGCCGGGAGCAGGGCCCGGGCGCGGGCGGCAAGGCCGGGAGCAGGGCCCGGGCGCGGGCGGCAAGGCCGGGAGCAGGGCCCGGGCGCGGGCGGCAAGGCCGGGAGCAGGGCCCGGGCGCGGGCGGCAAGGCCGCGCCGGUGCCGCCGCCUCCCUCCGCGGGCAGGCGGGGCGGGGCGGUGCCCUGUGCCGCCACACCGGGAAGCGCCGAGCAGAGCCGAGCAGAAGGAUGGCGGGCUGGGUGCGGGCGUUCCUGCCGCCCGCUGCGCUGCUCGUCGUGGCGCAGCUUGUCUGGGCGCCGGACCCGUAUGGAGAAGAGUGCAGGAGUAAAACAUACCCUCCUUCAGGACCAACGUUCAAAGGGAAUGUACCCACCUAUGUCAUAAAUCUUGAUUUACCUCCCAGCAAAAGGUGGGAUGAUUUGAUGCACGACAAAAAGACAGAGCUGAAGACUGUUGUCCAGAAUAUUAAAAAUAUAGUAAAUACUUUCUUCCCCAGUGGCAAAAUUGUUGACAUAGUGGAUAACAAAAUAGCUCAUCUGACUGCCACACUACCUUAUCCUUUCAGUGAAGAGCUUCAAGGGAUUGCAAAUUCAUCUGGCAUUCCUUUGGGUGAAAUUGUUAUUUUUAACAUCUUUUAUGAAAUUUUUACUGUAUGUACAUCAAUAGUGGCAGAAGAUAAAACAGGGAAGCUGUACCAUGCCAGAAACUUGGAUUUUGGACUCUUUCUUGGGUGGGAUGUUAAAAAUAAUUCCUGGACUAUAACUCGGGAACUGAAGCCUAUAGUCGUAAGCUUGGACUUCCAGAGAAACAACAAAACAGUAUUCAAGUCCACAAAUUUUGCAGGAUACAUAGGCAUGGUGUCUGGAGUCAAACCAGACUUGUUCACUCUGACAAUGAAUGAGCGUUUCAGUCUUGAUGGUGGUUAUGUUGGAAUCUUCGAAUGGCUUCUUGGUAGAAGAGAUGGUAUGUGGAUGGGCUUUCUUACAAGAACGGUGUUAGAGAAUGCUACAAGUUACCAGGAUGCCAAAGACAAACUAGCAAAAACAAGACUGCUGGCUCCAGCUUACUUUAUACUGGGUGGAAAAAAUUCUGGAGAAGGAUGUGUGAUAACUCGUUCCAGGACAGCCAGUCUGGAUAUCUGGGACCUUGACAUCAAGAAAGGCACAUGGUACGUGUUAGAAACAAACUAUGAUCGCUGGAAGCCUCCACUAAUCUUGGAUAAUCGUAGAACACCUGCAAUGAAGUGCCUGAACCAGACAACACAAGAGAACAUCUCCUUACCAACAAUUUAUGAUGUUCUCUCCACAAAGCCUGUCCUCAAUAAGCUGACUGUGUGCACAACACUGAUGGAGGUAAAUAGGGGUCAUACAGAAACUUACCUGCGGGAAUGCCCAGAUCCCUGCAGUCCUUGGUAGUCCUGUACCUUUCCUAUAUUGGAACCAGCUGCUUGUCUGAAUUGGAGGUCCUCCAAGAAAAAAAUACUUCCUGGAAAAAGAUUCCUCAGCCUAACUCCUUUCUUCAGAAAUCUUACGGCUAUAUAGAAAUGUCAGUGAGCUUCUAACAAGAGAGGACCCAUCUUUCACAUUGGACUUUCUUGCUUUCUGAUCAGCAAUUCUGCUGACAAGAUGUAUGCUAAUGUAUGUCUGGUUUGAUUUCAGCCAUUUCUGCCACGAGAGUUCAGCAGUUAGCUCUAGAUCUCUUCAGUCUUGAAUGUGUUGUUGGUUUUGUUUGUUGUUGGCUUGUGGGUUUGUUGUUUUUUUGUUACUUGAUUGCAUUUUUUUAGAUUACCUGCCAAACAUAAAAAAUAAUUAGGUAUAAGAAGACCAUCUGGAACAGUACAGUUCUGUUACUCUUUCCUAUGCACUUAAGAUCAAUCGCUAGUGUUCUGCUCCAGUAAGAGGUUAUGUCUAAAAUGCCCUGUUAAAAAAUAACCUACCAAAUGUCUAGUCACAGAAAUAAGGUCUUGGGGAAAUCCCUACAGGAAGAUCUAAGCCAAAAUGAUGUAUUUUCACCGAUUCAUAGAUCUGUUGCUGAUGCUCUUUCUUGCCCUGUUAACAAAAAAAUUUAAUACAGGUUUUUCUGUUGUCUCAGAAAAAUAAAUACUAAUACAAUAAA